AUGACCCAAGCCAUGUCGAGUGGUCCGUCCUUGGCGGACGCGCUCUCGCGCCUCCCGCCCCUCGACCCGAUGGAAGCCAAGUUCUUCAUAUCCCACAUUGACGCGGCCGUCGACGAAGCACUCCUGCUCUGCAAUGACUUUGGCGCGAUCCGGUGGCAGCCGCUCAAGCAGAAGGACGGCGUCGUCGUCUCGCGCGCCGCCGACGACAUGAACUCGAUGUCCAACCACGCGCUCGCUGUGCGCAGCGUCUGCCUCGUCAACGCGUCCUUUGACGAGAUGCUCGACCACUUGACGACCGAGACAACCCGCGACUUCCACGAGCGCGAGCUCGCGGUCAAUCCCGCCGAGUUCCUCGAUGGCGCGAUCCUGCAUGUGCUGUGCCCACGUGACGCCAAUGGCCGCUACGUGUGCAUCAAGUGGCAUUGCAUGAAGUCGGUCGCGCCGCCCACCAAGCCGCGCGACUACAUCUACCUCGAGAUUGUCGACUCGUUUGUCAAUGAAGAAGGCCACCGCAUCGGGUACCGGCUCUCCAAGUCGAUCGACCUCGAGUCGCUGCGGUCGGUCGACGGCACCAACAAGUUUGUGCGGGCGACGACCACGAUGCUGCAUACGUUUCGCAGCAGCGACAGCGCAAGCCGGAAUGCUUCGUCGCCCAAGACGCUCUCGGACUUUCAGGUCGAAUUGCGGUCCAUGGUGCUCGGUGACUUUAACGGCAAGCUGCCCAUGUACGUGACCAACAAGAUGUCGGAACUCGCGGGCCUCCGCGGCGCUGCGCUGCGCGACCAUUUCGACCAGUCGCGCAUGAACACGCUCAAGUGGAUCCAGCCGCACGAGUUUGUGCCAACGAGCAAGCGGUCGUUUUGCUCGCUCUGCACGCGCCAGUUUUCGCUCGUGCGGAAAAAGUACAAUUGCCGCGCGUGCGGCGACGUCAUUUGCUCGCAGUGCAGCAUGAACCAGCAGGUCGGGACGCGCGAGAAGGCCAAGAUCCGCGUCUGCGGCCGCUGCAACCUCUCGGCGCGCACCAACUCGUUGCCGUCGUCGAUCGGGCGGCUCUCGGGCUCGGGCUCCAACUCGCGCGAGUCGAUUCAAUUCCGCGAUUCGACCUUCCGGGACUCGACCUUCCGGGACUCGAGCUUUCGGGACUCGAGCUUUCGGGACUCGCAGGCGGGCAACUUCUCCUUUGCGACCACCCGUGUCUCGGAAAAGUACUCGACGAUCGACCGGUCGAGCAACUCGUCGGACUGGUCGUCGUCGUCGGCGCGGGAGUUGCAGUACCAGUCGUCGUUUGGCCCGACGACAAGUGCACCGUUUAGCACGCCGACACACUACCGGCGCAGCCACUCGGAGAUGCCGCCGACACACAACUCGACGUCGCCGACCGAUCCAAGUACGAAGCCUAGUGUUUUUCGCACUGCAAGGCUCAUGAUUCGGUUGUAG